GGCCCGUCGCCUCCCUCCUCCUCCGCGGCGCCAUCCCUCGGCGCGCCCAACCCGGAACCCGGCGAGCGCGUGGGGGCGGGGAGGCGAGCGCGCAGAGCUGGCGGGCACCCCCGCGGCCCCCGGCCCCCCAGCCAUGUCGGCCGAGGAGAUGGUGCAGAUCCGCCUGGAGGACCGCUGCUACCCGGUGAGCAAGAGGAAGCUUAUCGAGCAGAGCGACUAUUUCCGCGCCCUCUACCGCUCCGGCAUGCGCGAGGCCCUGAGCCAGGAGGCCGGCGGCCCCGAGGUGCAGCAGCUGCGCGGCCUCAGCGCCCCGGGCCUGCGCCUGGUGCUGGACUUCAUCAACGCCGGCGGGGCCCGCGAAGGCUGGCUCCUGGGCCCGCAGGCGGAGAAGGGCGGCGGGGUGGAGGAGGAAGAGGAGAUGGACGAGGUGAGCCUGCUGGCGGAGCUGGUGGAAGCGGCCUCCUUCCUUCAGGUCACGUCUCUGCUGCAGCUGCUGCUGUCCCAGGUGCGGCUCACCAACUGCCUGGAGCUGUACCGCCUGGCGCAGGUGUACGGGCUGCCCGACCUGCAGGAGGCCUGCCUGCGCUUCAUGGUCGUCCACUUCCACGAGGUGCUGUGCAAGCCCCAGUUCCACCUCCUGGGGGCUCCUCCUCAGGCCCCCGGGGAUGUCAGCCUGAAGCAGAGGCUGAGAGAGGCCCGGCUGACCGGGACUCCGGUUCUUGUAGCCCUGGGGGAUUUCCUGGGGGGCCCCCUGGCCCCACACCCCUACCAAGGGGAGCCCCCGUCCAUGCUCAGGUAUGAGGAGAUGACCGAACGUUGGUUCCCGCUGGCCAACAACCUUCCUCCCGACCUGGUGAACGUCAGGGGUUACGGGUCUGCCAUCCUGGACAACUACCUCUUCAUAGUGGGCGGGUAUAGGAUCACUAGCCAGGAAAUCUCGGCUGCGCACUCCUACAACCCCAGCACCAAUGAGUGGCUCCAGGUGGCCUCCAUGAACCAGAAGAGGUCUAACUUCAAACUUGUGGCUGUUAAUUCAAAACUCUAUGCCAUUGGUGGGCAGGCCGUUUCUAAUGUUGAGUGUUACAAUCCCGAGCAGGAUGCCUGGAAUUUUGUGGCACCCUUACCAAACCCUCUGGCCGAGUUCUCUGCGUGUGAGUGUAAGGGGAAAAUUUAUGUCAUUGGAGGAUACACGACCAGAGGAAAAACACGAGUCUCCUUUGCGGAAUGUGGUGAGUAUGGAUUGAAAGAAGAUCUGGAAAGGGCAAGGCUUUGUGAUUGCUGCUAGAUGCGAUGGCUAUGGUACAGUUGGGGAAGGAGGGGCCUGGGCUGGAUCUGGAAAGAAGGGACCAAAACUCUUGAACAGGUGCGGUAAUGGGACUCAAAGUCCUUGCCAAGUCAGAGGUGAAGGUGGGGGAGGGUGUUGGAGGGAGCCAGUCAAAGGGAAAUGCUCUUAGAGAGUUGGAUAAAGUGAGGAGUCUGCCUGUGAAGAAGCUCAGGACGUGACCGUGAGUGUAUUGCUAAGAAAGCCCUGUUGUUUGAGGUCUUCCCUCCCAUCGUACUGUCUGUUAUUCUUCGGGCAAUAUCAUCCCCACUGUGUCUCACAUGUAACCAGUCAUGUAACCAGGACUGCACACACUCACAUGUAACCAGGACUGCACACUUAAUGCCACACCAGUUUAUCCAGCAGCUUCAAGUCCUCCACCUUAAACUAACUCAAGCAACCUCAGACACGAAACUUUUAACAAUUGACUUCCUCAUGUUGAAUUAUUUUUUAGUAAUCAGUAUGUACCUCAUACAAACUUAUCACCUGUAACCUGUUCUGGUUGAAUGUUUACAUGGCUUUCUUUCUUGAUCAAUGAGCCACCUGAGCCCCAAGGAUUGAGUGUCUGUUUUUGUAAUUUAGAAGAGUAUCUGGCACUUCUUUGUGCUAAAUAUUUGUGGAAGGAAGGAAGAGAAGAAAGGAGAAAAGGGAAUUGAAGUUGAGGAAAGGGAGGAAUUUGAGACCAAAGACUCCGAUGCUUUAGGCACCUGAACUCUGCAGGUCAAAAGCUGAAGGAAGGCUCUUGGGUAAGCCUGUGGGUGGUUACGGAGGAUGGUAAUGGUUGUGGGGAGGGGAGUUGAUAUCAGUAAGAGGAAGAGGUCAGGGCAAAAGGGUGAGAGGUGAGUACAUUCUUCCUUAAAGAAGCUGAAAUUUAGAGGGAAGUUUGCCAUUUGUAAAGGAAUUUCAGAAGACAUGGUGGGGAACGGACUGGGAGAGGACUUGCUUGAGUCAAGAUCUGCAGAAACCUGUAACUUUGGGUAAAUAUUGCUUCUGUGGGGGAAAUACUUCAAUGUGAAUUACUCUUAAACUCUCCCUCUGGGAUGUCCCUUGGAUCUGGUUUUCUGGGGAGAUCCUCCCUAGAAGCCAUAGCAGCAGCAACAAUGAAAUUAUCAUUAUCUCGUUCAUUCUCCAACAAUCCUGUGAGGUUCAUAUUAUUAUCUUCCCUAUCUUCUGAACGAGGAGGGUUAAACUUGGAGUGGUUAAGUUGCAUUCCUAAUCCUCACAUUCCUCCCAAGUGAGCCACUCAUUCUAGCCACUGCAGCACUCACUAGAACCAGUCAAGUCUCCUGGGAACAUCGGAUCUACCGUCUGAACUCCUGAAACGCUGCCAACUGAAAUCUGCUUCCUGAGUGACUCAGUAUCUCGGCCACUUGGUCGAGCCAUAGAAGUUCAACCAAAACCACACUACCAUCUUGGGAAUCUGUUGGUUUAUACUACUGCCUUCUGACAAUGGGCAUUUGGGUUAAUAUUAAGAUGUAUUAAGAUGUAAUAUUAAGAUAUAUUAAUAUUAAGAUGAAUAUUAAGAUGAAAAUGUAUAAAAAUAGAGUAAAAUACAGUAAGAAGGGAGGAGGA